AAGAAAUGCCUCGAACUCGGCAUGUCAAGAGAAGGUACGAGUUUUGCGAACACGCGAUGGUCCAGAGGACACAAUAUUCUUCGACAUAUUUCAGCAGUGAAGUUCGGCCGCAUGUCUAAGAAACAACGAGAAAAGGUGGAAGACGAAGUGCGAAUGCACAAGCAACUGCAGGAGCAACAUCCCCUGACGAAUCCUAGCCAAGUAGUCGUUGCCAAUGGCUGUUCGUCGUACGGCCAGUUCAGCCAAUUCAGUGGCAACAGCUCGCAGUACUCGCCUGCCAGUCUAUAUUCGUCUUAUCAUUCCAGCGGCCAGUACUUAUCGCCCAACGGGUUUGCCAAUGGCUAUGGCGCGUAUAUGACGUCGCCGUCUAUGAAUUACCAAUCUCAUCUGAUGCCGUCAUCCCCUUAUCCGUCGACAACGACAACCACAAUCGUGCCAUACAGUUCCUCGACUCCGGAUCCGCACCGCGUCAAAAUGGAGCAACUGCAGGACCAACAGACCCUAGGUUAG